AUGGUCGAAGUUGAUGUUUUACAGGUAGAGGCUGAGGACGAGGAUGGUCAAGGGGCUGCAGGAAGCUGUGUUAGCAACAUCAUGGCAAAUGCCUUGGAUCAAGAGGAGGAGCCAUUGCCAGGUCUAGGAAGAUCCGUGCAACCAGGUCUUGAACGUGCUCAGAUCAGCAAGCUGAUAGCCAGUCCCAGGCGCCAUGCAGAAAUGCGUGAGUACGUGAAACGCCAAGACUUUUGGCGCGUACCGCAUUUCUUCAGAGACAUGGAAGCAGACUUCGACGAGGAAGAAGAGUACAUCGAGUCAUUGCAACUGCCGGAUGAGGCGCCAAAACGCCGAGUGCGGCUGCUAGCGCAAAGUGAAAGGGAGUUGAUCAUCCAGGGCCUGAGACAGCAGUUUCAAAAGGCCACGGCCACCUACCUGAAGGCAGCACCCAGUAGUCGAUCGAAAGAGAACCUCGAAGAGUUGGAGCGAAUCAAGCAGGACAUCGCCAACCUGAGCCAUCCAUAUGUCUUCGUGGCCAUGGACCUGUGCAACCUGUGCAUUGAGUACACGGUCACCUCGGCUUUUGACAGCGGGUUGGCGGGGUUGUUCUACUAUGGCGAGAAGGCUGCGAAGAAGAUGUGGAUGCGUCCCGUACCAGCGACCCUCACCAUCGUAGGCUUCUUUUUCCUGUUGCUCCUGGGCAGUAUGCAAGGAGGUUCGGAAAUCCAGAACACUGGUAGUGGAGUCGUGGCCAGAGGCCCCAAAGGAGCCUCAGUCGCCUGGGACUUAAAGACACCAUCGCGGCAAGACGAAAGGCAAACAAUGAACUUGGACUGCUAUGGACUGCUGUCGGUUUCGUCACCCAAACCCAAGGAUGCCGAGCCAGACACCGAAGAAGCCACCGGCUUGCUGUCUGGCAGCGAGGCCGUGAGGCCUAUGGAGGAUGACGACCUAAAUCAAAGGAACGAAAGGAACGAGCCGGGCGAAAACGAGCCUGGCACAGGUCAUGGAGCGCCCGAGCUCGAGGACAGAGACACAGAGCAAGAGCAACAGCAGUUCGCCGAGAGACAGGAGGCAGAGAUGAAUGGCCAGCCUGAGGAGCCACUUGUAGAUGGAAAAGAAACGAUGUCCGGAAAGGUGGUCAGCAGCCCCGACGAAGUCGAUGAAAACCCAUCAGGACAUUUCCCCUCCAGCGGGACAGUGGCUGACGAGGACACAAAUCAGGAUGUAGAUGCGAUCAAAGAAGGGCCCAGCACCAACCUUGAAUCCAAUGCUGACACUCAGGUUGAAGAGACUGAAAAUGCCGCUUCAGAGUCAAGUACGAACAUCAAGUCCACAGACACAACUGAGGUUGACAAUGAGAACGACGACAAAGCACAGGAGGAGCUGACCAGCAAAAGCCUCGGCUUCACUAGCAAAUUCGUUGUGGGCGAACAGAUAGUCUCAAAGUCAGCUGCAACAAAGAAGUCCACAGACACAACUGAGCUUGACAAAGACAAUGAAGAAAAGGAACACCAGGAUCUGAGAAGUAAAAGCAGCCUGCGCUCCAGUGAAAAAAACGCAAUGGAAGAGGAGACAGCCUCCGAGCCAACUGCAACGCAGAAGUCCACAGAGCCAACCGAGGAUGACAACGACGAUGAUAACAAAGAAUCAGAGGAGUUAGCCAGCAAAAGCAGCCUUCCACCCAGCAAAACAGCCCAUGGCGAGGAGACAGCCUCGAAGUCAAAGGCCAAGAGAUCCACAGAGACUACAGAAGAUGACACCGACAAGGAGGAUUUGACAGGCAAAAGCAGCCUUCACUCCAGUAGAAUAGCUAUUGGUGAGGAGACAGGGUCAAAGUCCACUGCAAUCAAGAAGAGCACAGGCGCAACCGAGGAUGACAACUACAAUGAGGACAAAACAGAGGAGGAAUUGACCAGCAAAAGCGGCCUCCGUACCAGUAGCACAAUAGUGGUUGGUGAGGAGGCAGCCUCAAAGCCAACUGAAAUCAAGAUGUCCACAUACACAACCAAACUUACUAUUGACAACGACAAGAAGCAACCAAAGGAUAAGACUAGCAAAAGCAGCCUUCGUUCCAGUGGCACGGCAACAGAGGGCGAGGAGACAGUCUCCAAGUCAAUCGUAUCCAAAAAGUGGACAGAAACAACUGAGACUGAACACGACAAUGAAGAAAAGGAACAACCGGAACUGACCAGCAAAAGCAGCCCUCGCUCCAGUGGCAACACGGCCGUGGGCGAGGAGACAGUCUCAAAGUCUGUGGCAUCCAAGCAGUUCACAGACACAAGCAAGGUUGACAAUGACAAUAACGGCAAAGAAUCACAGGACUUGACCAGCAAAAGCAGCCUUCGCUCCAGCAGCAAAACAGCCCUGGGAGAGGAGACAGUCUUGAAGUCAACUGCAGCCAAGAAGUCCACAGGUACGACCGAAGAUGACAACGACGAUGAUAACAAAGAAUCAGAGGAGUUGAGCAGCAAAAGCAUCCUCAGCCCUAGCAGCAAAACAGGCGUGAGACAGGAGACAGUCUCAAAGUAUGUGGCAUUCAAGCAGUUCACCGACACAAGCAAGGUUGAUGAUGGCAAUAAUGACAAAGAACCACAGGACUUGACCAGCAAAAGCAGCCUUCGCUCCAGUAGCAAAACAGUCCUGGGCGAGGAGACAGUCUUGAAGUCAACUGCAGCCGAGAAGUCCACAGGUACGACCGAAGAUGACAACGACGAUGAUGACAAAGAAUCAGAGGAGUUGAGCAGCAAAAGCAUCCUUCCCGCCAGCAGCAGCAAAACAGCCGUGGGACAGGAGACAGUCUCAAAGUCUGUGACAUCCAAACAGUUCACAGACACAAGCAAGGUUGAUGAUGGCAAUAACGACAAAGAACCACAGGACUUGACCAGCAAAAGCAGCCUUCGCUCCAGCAGCAAAACAGCCCUGGGCGAGGAGACACUCUUGAAGGCAGCUGCAGCCAAGAAGUCCACAGGUGCAACCGAAGAUGACAACGACGAUGACAACAAAGAAUCAGAGGAGUUGAGCAGCAAAAGCAUCCUCAGCCCUAGCAGCAAAACAGCCGUGGAACAGGAGACAGUCUCAAAGUCUGUGGCAUCCAAGCAGUUCACAGACACAAGCAAGGUUGACAAUGACAAUAACGGCAAAGAUUCACAGGACUUGACCAGCAAAAGCAGCCUUCGCUCCAGCAGCAAAACAGCCCUGGGCGAGGAGACACUCUUGAAGGCAGCUGCAGCCAAGAAGUCCACAGGUGCAACUGAAGAUGACAACGACGAUGAUGUCAAAGAAUCAGAGGAGUUGAGCAGCAAAAGCAUCCUUUCCCCCAGCAGCAGCAAAACAGCCGUGGGACAGGAGACAGUCUCAAAGUCUGUGGCAUCCAAGCAGUUCACAGACACAAGCAAGGUUGACAAUGACAAUAACGGCAAAGAACCACAGGACUUGACCAGCAAAAGCAGCCUUCGCUCCAGCAGCAAAGUAGUUGCUGGCGAGGAGACAGGUUCGAAGUCUACUGCGACCAAGAAGUCUGCAGACACAACAGGGCUUGACAACGACAACGACGACAAAAUAGAAGAGGAGUUGACUAGCAAGAGCAGCGUCCGCUCCAGCAGCAAACCAGGCGUGGGCGAGGAGACAGCCUCCAUGUCAGCUGCCAAGAAGAGGACAUUUUUCUCUGGUAUUGAUGAAGACCAUGAAGAUAGAGCCUCCCAGGAUUCCAAAAAGGUGCCCAGUGAAAGUGGCCUCCUGUCUAGCGCAAAGGCUACAGUUGGCAUGGACGCAAUCUCUGAGACUGAUGUGUCCAAGAAGUCCCCAGCCGCUAUCGAGGACAAGGAUGAUGAUCAAGAUGCCCCAGAGGCAACCAGCAGCCUUCGCUCCAAGGUGGCAUUGAGCAAGAAAUCCACAGACACAGCUGAAAUCGACGGAGAGGACCAGGUCCAAGACAAGGUGAUGAACCGAACACAUGGCAGCCAAACCAAUUUGUUGGGGAGUUCUUUGCUUGGAUCCAGAGAUUCCACUAUGCCCGGCUUGCAGGGCCCUGGGCGAUUGAGACCGAAUUUCUCAACUGAAGAGCCAUCCAUGGUGAAGUCGCAAUCCAUCAGACCGAAAGUCAGAGAAGGCAGGGUAGGGCAGCUAGAUGAUCCUGGGGAUGCAGCCAGUCUUCCCUUGAAAAUCGGAGCCGAAAAGGCACAAGGCAGUGCUAAAAGUAAAGCUGAGGAGAGGGCCAAGGAAGAUGCAACAGUAUCAUCCAAGACAAAAAUGAGGAUGUCCUUUGAUGCUGAUGCUGAUGCUGGCACGAGCUCCCUGGGAGAGAACCUGAAGCCAGUUGGUUCUUCGGAAGGUUCCAGUGCACGGCAAAGUGAUCCCAAGGUGGGAAAGACACCACUUUCCAGCGGAACCCAUGGAACUUUAAGAUCUCCAGCUGCAGCUGAACUUCCCAGAGCCCCAAGUCUAAGAGGAAGCGGAGACUUAGAUGAUGAGGAAGCGUCAUCUCGAGGCUCGUCCAAGCCAAAGACGCUUGAAGGGACGGAAAUCUCUGCGUCCUCUGGGGCGUCCACCGAAAGCGCAGACGUGGAAGACGAAACCUGA